GCUUAGCCGACUGAGCCACUCAGAUGCUCCAUCCCUUGAGUUUUUGAGGUAAAACCAAAAACACUUCCUGUGAGCCAAGCAUGAGGAUAUCGUGCCAGUUCUAUUAUGGAAUAUCCAUGGGUGGCCCUGAAACCAGGCGAAGUGUGACUUGUAAGUUAAUGAUUACCCUAGCAGUUGAUUAAACUACUUGCUUUCACUAGACUGCAAGCAGUUCACCUGCAGAGGAGUCUCCAAAAAGCAACAUGUUCCCUUUGCUCUUUGGGGCUGGACUGGUGGUUCUGAACCUAGUGACUUCUGCUAAGAGCCAGAAGACAGAACCCCUUAGUGGCUCUGGGGACCAGCUGCUCUUCCAUGGAGCAGAUCGAUCUGACUUUGCCAUCAUGAUCCCUCCAGCAGGCACAGAAUGCUUCUGGCAAUUUGCCCGCCAGACUGGAUACUUCUAUUUCAGUUAUGAGGUGCAGCGGACACUGGGAAUGUCACAUGACCGACAUGUUGCUGCCACUGCACACACCCCACAGGGUUUCCUCAUAGACUCGUCUCAGAGUGUUCGAGGCCAGAUAAACUUCUCUACCAAAGAAACAGGUUUUUAUCAGCUUUGUCUAAAAAAUCAGCAAAAUCACUUUGGUUCGGUGCAAGUGUACCUCAAUUUUGGAGUCUUCUAUGAGGGGCCUGAGAUGGACCACAAACAGAAGAAUGAAAGAAAACAACUGAAUGAUACUCUGGAUGCCAUUGAGGAGAGUACACGGAAGGUGCAGAACAAUAUCUUCCACAUGUGGCGAUACUACAACUUUGCCCGUAUGAGGAAAAUGGCUGACUUUUUCCUUCUCCAAUCAAACUAUAACUAUGUGAACUGGUGGUCAACAGCUCAGAGCCUUGUUAUUAUUCUUUCUGGAAUCCUGCAGCUGUAUUUCUUGAAGCGUCUCUUCAAUGUCCCAAAGACUACAGACACGAAAAAGCCAAGAUGCUAA